CUCAUAUUGUAUUUCCCGUACAUUUGCACAUAUAUUUCAACUUCGAUUUAAAAGUAGGGAAAAGGUUGAAAUGAACUCAGCUGUUGUAAAUUAGUUGAAAAUAGUUGAUCAGAAGGUCGGAUGUUCGUGAGGACUACGUAAUUCGGACAUACUGGCACACUUCGGGACCAACGGAAUUCAUAUCGGACUAAGAAUGUGGCCAACUGGACGAAUCAUUGCAGCUUUCUGCUUGCUCAAAUUCAGCACGGCAUACCCUUACUUUCGGGACAAAAUACCAAACGGCCAUAUAGUAGCAAAUCCGUGUAAUACGUCUGAGAUAUGGUUUGGGGUUGGACAUAUGCAGAGAUAUGGAAAUGGAGAACUCGAUGUAUUUGGACAUGACUUCCAAAAGCUUGGAAUGGAAUGGACAAAAGCUCUGUGCAGGAUGGAUUCUGACGGUGAUGGUUUUACAAAUGGUGAGGAACUAGGUGACCCGAACUGCGACUGGAUCCCGGGCGGCAGCCCCUUGUGUCUGCACAAUUCUACUGGCCACGCAUGCGUUAAGCCAGGGUUUGAUCUUAAGUGUGAUGGGUUUCAAUGUGCGGCAAAAGCAGGAACUAAGGAACUCGAAAUAAUGUUCAGUGAAACUGAUGUACCACAGCAGUCCAAGACAUACAAGUGUCAGGCAUUUGCUUUACCUAUAGACAAAGACUACCACCUUGCGGCGGUCACACCGAACAUUAGCAACAUCAAUCACGUACAUCAUAUGACCUUAUUGGGUUGCCGACGCCAGAUCGAGUCACGACACACAGAUGCACCACACGAAUGCACGAUGGGCGAUAGAGCAUCUUGUAGCGACCCACUAUUGGUGUGGACCAUAGGUGACCUCGGCGUUUGCUUCAGCAACAAACAAGCGGCUUGGCGUUUGGGAAAAACUGGAUACAAAUAUGUUAUGAUAGAGACACUUUAUUACAACGAAAACCUAGAAAGCGGCGUGUUCGAUGCAUCCGGUUUGACGUUGCAUUAUACCGAAUCUUUACGACCAAAUGACCUUGGAGCCUUCUAUGUGGGACAAGUUUCAUUGGUUUAUAUUCCACCAGGAAAGAGAAGUUUUGAAGUCAGCGGGGUGUGUAAGGGAUACUGUAUCGGAGGAGAGUUAAUGGAGGAAGAAAUAACUAUUAUAGGAGGACAAACGCAAAUGCGCCAUCGUGGCAAAUCUGGCAAAAUAUAUAUCGGCAGAACUGACAAAACGACGGAUGUUAUAGUAGAAGAUGACGAUUACCACUACGAUGACCCUAAAAUACAUAUGUUUGAAACACCAAAGACCCUUGAAUACGGAGAAUCGUUGGGGGUAAAUUGCACAUAUGAUACCACUGGUGAAUACAAAACUGUAUUGUUUGGUAACGAUGUGAACGUGAAUGAAAUGUGUUCCGGAUACAUUUACUACUAUCCAAAGGACGGAUUAAACGGAUAUGCAUGCGUGGUGGUAAACAACAUAGACUCCUGUGAAAUGCGGAAGAAUACCAUUGCUGGGUGUGAGUGGCGGAAUCUUUAUAAUGAGUCGCACCCUGACACAAUGAAGGCAAUGAACAAUGUCGCUACCAAGUGCGUGGCUGGCAAAUGUCUGCCGGAAUGUCAAAGCGUCGCGGAAUAUUACUCGAAACAUCCCUGUUAUUCCGGCGAGCUACGGGACUAUCAACUAUUAUAUGCAAUGCCCAGCAUGCAGGAUGUUGAAAUGAAUGCUAGACAACUCGACUUUUGGCUUCGAUUGCUUUCAUGUGACUCUUGCAAAGAAAACGGCACCAGUGCUGCGAUGUUCCAUCACGGCAGUGGCUUUAUUCUGUUAGUGCUGGCUUGUUUUGUUUUUUUAUUGCUUAACAUGCAAUAAUGCUAGCAUUGCAGUUAGUCUCUCUUACUACGUCUUCAUAUAGUCUAAUAGUGAAUGUAUCAGGAAGAAAAACAAAAUGAAAAUAGAAUUAAACAAUAAAAAAUAAUUAUCCUAUCGAAUAUUUUUUGAGAUGUCAAAACGGAAUUAAUCAAAAACUUUACGAAAAGUCUCCUGUACAUGAGGCGGCAUCGGACGGCUCAUGAAGCGUUUAAAGAUAACCCCACAUCUCAAGAAAACCAUCCGCGAACUCCAACACUCACUUCUAUCGAAAACGGUGUUGAAAAAUAAAACUAUCAAGAAAAUAAUGAAGCCAAAGCAAAACAUUCAUCUUUGGAUAAUAAGAGCACCAAUUGGGUGAGCUCGAACGCCGACCUCUGAGGAAAACUGGCAUAAAGGCCGUACAAUGUUAGUCAAUUAUUAUCGAAUAAGUUGAAAUCAGCAAAUAAUACUGUUAUAACAUC